ACGCGUUCGAGCAUCAUGCUAAAGAUGGUGGGUUUAUUUAUUUGGGUCGCGGUGGCGACGUGCGACGCCGUUUUGAUAAGCGGUUAUAACGGCGGACAUUCAGGGUCAUAUUCCGGCUACACCGGCCUCGAAGGGUACGUUAACCCUUAUUCAUCACACGGCGUUUUGCCGACGGUUUCCGUGCCGGUUCAUUCCGUUUCUGCGGCACCUCCGAUCCCGUCCAUUCAUCAAGGAGGCGCGGGUCACGGGUACGCCGAUUACGAGGACGAACGCGAUUAUUACGCGCACCCGAAGUACACGUUCAAUUACGGCGUCCACGAUCCUCACACCGGCGACGUUAAAACUCAGCACGAAGUUCGCGACGGCGACGUCGUUCACGGAUCCUACAGCGUCAACGAACCCGACGGCUCCGUCAGGAUCGUCGAGUACACCGCCGACGAUCACAACGGAUUCAACGCCGUUGUUAAAAAAGUUGGACCGGCUCACCAUCCGGUAGCGGCACCGGCACCGGCACCCGUAACCAUCCAGAAAUACGUGACCUUCGAUCACAAUCAAUACAAUCCCUACGCCUAUGAUAAGAACUACUGAAAGCUUCGCGUAUUUUGUUUUUUUUUUUCUCUUCUUUUUCAUCGCUGCGCGAGAGAUUCACCCGAGGUAAUUAUUUCGUAAGCCCCGAUUCUGUAUUAUAUCUGUCCACUGAUAUGAGUAUGUAUGAAAGAGAUCAUCGAUAAUAACAGCUGCAGCACGUAGUCUAAUAAAAACAAUUUCCACGGA